CAUUAAAUUCCCGUAAGAACAUACGCCCAAGUUCUAUACUGUAAAGUAGAUUAAGAUUAAGGAAAGAAAAAAAAAUCAAAAAAAAGAAUGAAUUGAAACCCAAUUUCCGGUAUGGUACCGAUAUAGAGUGUAUGUAUAGGCUGAAACCAAGGAAUCGAAGCAGGGUCUGAAAUGGGUUCUUCAGCUGAAGCUCUGCAAUCUGCCACGAAGGUGUAUCGUCAUCUCCUGAAAGCCGUCAAGAAACACGUUGGCAAAGAAGAUCACAAGUCUCACUUCGUCGAUUUCAUAUCCCGAGAGUUCCGAAAGAGCCCUCAACAGCCGGACCUCUCGGCAAUUCGGCAGAAAAUAAAGAUCGCCAACGAUUACACUUACCUCCUGAACAGCGUCCACCAUCACCAGGACUUGUUGUUUUCUUACAACAUUGCUGUGGACAGAUCGGAGGAAAUGAAAAAAGUACUUGGAAAAUCUGCUGCAAGUGUGGGUCUUCAACUUCCAGAAGCUUAUCAGCCUUGAUUUUGUUGGCAAGUUUCGUGUCCUUUCCCUUGUUCUUUUGUUUGAGAACUUCUUUCCUUUGAGCUAAAUAAAAAUGUAACUUCUGCCCAUUCGGUUGUCCUAUUCCACCUUUGCAGGGAUGGGAAUAGACCAAACCCUUGUCCUUCCCGCCGUGAUGGUUAAGGACUUAAGGUUCUUGUUGUAUUAGGAGGGGCAGUUUUGGGCUGUUGGCACCUCCCAGCGUUCAAUCAUUGUCAAUUGUAAUUUCUAAGCUGUUGCUGUUUUGAAGUAGCAAGAUUGGACAAAAAAGACUACUUUGUGGUUACAGAAGUACCUAACUCAUUAUCAUUUAGCUGUA